AUGACUAUUAUUUUCUCCGAUGGCUUCGAGCACAUGGAAACCAGGGAAAAGAUGAACUUAGAUACUAUAAUAGAUGACUUCCAAGACCCAGAGGUACUUGUUAAGUAUUUUCCAGGCGGUAUUGUAGGACCGGACAGGGAAGGGUCACCGGUGUACAUAGAUCCUAUGGGCAAUGCAGAUUCCAAAGGUCUUAUGCGUUCUGUUAAAAGCAAAGAUAUAUUGAAAUGGAGGAUGAAAUUUUCGGAAAAACUUUACAGAGAAACUCUCCCCGAAAUGUCUAAGCAGGCUGGCAAACGUAUAGAAGGGAUGGUAUAUAUUGCAGAUCUUGAAAAACUCGGUACAAGACAUUUAUGGAAACCUGCAGUUGAUUUAUGCAUUACUUAUUGUAAACUAGCGGAAUCCAACUAUCCAGAAACCAUGAAAUCUAUUUACAUAGUGCGAUCACCCAAGAUAUUCCCCGUCGUAUACAAAUUACUUAAACCAUUUAUAGAUGAGGAAACAAGAAAGAAAAUUAAAGUUCUAGGAAACAACUUUCAAGACGAAUUACUGAAAAUCAUUCCACCAGAAAGUUUGCCAGUUCAUUGGGGUGGUACUAUGCAAGAUGAAGAUGGAAACAAGAUGUGUCCAAGCAAGGUUUGUUUAGGCGGUGAAGUGCCAAAGUCAUAUUACUCACAGGAAAUGAUAAUACCUGACGAACAGCAACUAAUACAGUCGUCAGUUAAACAUGGCUCACGAAUAGAUAUCCCAUUAGAUGUCAAAUACCCGGGAAGCAUAAUCAGAUGGGUAUUCACAAGCCAGGAUAGUCUACAAUUUGGUAUAUUCUAUAAAGAUAAUGAGGAAAACAAAGAUGUAGAAAUUAUGGCAGUAGAGAAAUACAACUCGCAUCUGGUCUACGAGGACGGAAGCGUUGGCUGUGUUAAAGCUGGAUCAUGUGAGUACUAA